AUGCUGGCGCGCGGCGACAACUUCCAGAAGGGUUCCACGCCCGCCGAGUGGGCGGUCGAGUUUGAACAGUCCGGAGCACGUCUCGCCGGAGCCCUGACUUGGUUGACGCAGAGCCGCCGGUACAAGGACGCGCAUCCGACGGACGAUCACUUCUACCCGCUGCUUGUUAUCGGGGGCGCGGUCGUAGACGAUGACGUCUAUGGAGAGAAGAUGGCGCAGACCUGGGAACUCUCCCACAUGUGCAACAAUCAGUUUGCUUGGGGGUCUUGGAGGAUGGGAAAGUAA